CCCGCCGCGAGCAUGCGCGGCCGGAGGCACCUGGCCAGGUUGAGGGCGGAGAGGAAGCGGCUGCCGGGCCCGCCUGGGACGCCCCGCCGCCGCCGCCGCCGCCGCCGCCGCCGGUGUGGCCCGCAGAUGCGCUUCAUGCUGCUCUUCAGCCGGCAAGGGAAGCUCCGCCUGCAGAAGUGGUACCUGGCCACCUCGGACAAGGACAAGAAGAAGACGGUCCGGGAGCUCAUGCAGGUGGUGCUGGGCCGCAAGCCCAAGAUGUGCAGCUUCCUGGAGUGGCGGGACCUGAAGGUGGUCUACAAGAGGUGACCGGCCCCUCCCCCCGCGCCCCU